UUGCUAUCUAUUUUGUUAUCAAACCAAUUUUGCAAGCUGUAAACAAAUACAUCAACUUUAAAAGUGUACUUGUUUUAGGCGUUUUAAUUAUGAGCAAAGCCAGUAAUAUUAUGCGACUUGCUCUCCUACAGUUGAAGGGUUCAAAGGACAAAACUGCCAACGUUGCAAAUGCGCUGGGCCAAAUUGAAGCAGCUGUGAAGCAGCACAAGCCACGCUUGAUAACGCUACCAGAGUGCUUUAAUUGUCCGUAUGGCACAAAGUACUUCCGCGAGUACUCCGAGCGUAUACCUGAUGGUUACACCAGCCAGCAGCUUUCAAAAGCAGCUGCGGAUCAUCAGGUUUAUAUAGUGGGUGGCACUAUUCCAGAGCUGGGCGAGAAUGAUGCUAUAUACAACACAUGCACUGUGUGGGCCCCGAACGGUGAACUGAUAGGAAAGCAUCGCAAAAUGCAUCUCUUUGACAUUGACGUCAAGGGCGGUAUACGUUUCAAAGAAUCGGAGACGCUUUCCGCAGGCAAUGAGUUUACUACCAUUGACGUUGACGGCCAUAGGAUUGGUAUAGGCAUUUGCUAUGACAUAAGGUUUGAGGAAAUGGCGCGUUUGUAUCGCAAUGCAGGUUGUGAGAUGAUUAUAUAUCCAGCUGCCUUCAAUAUGACAACAGGUCCAUUGCAUUGGGAGCUUCUGCAACGUGCACGAGCCAAUGAUAAUCAGCUUUAUGUGGUGACCACAUCACCGGCUCGAGACAGCAAUGCGGAAUAUGUGGCCUAUGGCCAUUCUAUGAUUGUUGACCCCUGGGCUAAAGUACUUAAGAGCGCUAGUGAAGGCGAGGAAAUCGUUGUAGCGGAUGUAGAUUUCUCGCUGGUCGAGCAAGUGCGUCAACAAAUUCCCGUGUUUAACCAACGCAGAGUCGAUUUGUAUAGCACUAAACAGGUGCCAAAAGUUUAAUUAUACUAUGUUCUUGUAUUUGCUAUGGUUAUAUAAAAUAUUGCAUUUUAAAAAAAUAUA